CAUGUACGCAUCUAGACCCUACACGUCAUCCCUCCCACCCCACGCCAAACGCAUGAAGAAGUGCACAACCUCCAAACCCUUAAACCCUAUUGCUCAUCUCCCCAAUGCGCAACACCACGAUCAACUCCUCGAUCUCGAAUCGUUCUCCGAAACCGACUUGAAGGAACUCAAGCACAGGUUCCUCGCCGACGUGGCACGCAUUCGCAGCGUCGUCAAGCAAAUCCAGUCACGUCAAGACCAGUUCACCAAGAAGCGUGCCGCGCCGGUCACUCCCGAUCGACAAAACAAUAAUAAUGUUAAUAAUAAGCGUCAAUGCAUUAGGAACACGGCGGAGUUGAAUUCGCCGGAGAGUCGGAGAGUGGAGGCGGCGAUGAUGAGGAAGUGCGGUGUUAUAUUGGAGAGGCUGAUGAAGCACCGGCACGGCUGGGUGUUUAACAAGCCGGUGGACGUGGUGGCGUUGAGGCUGCCGGAUUAUUACGAGGUUGUGAAGCGUCCGAUGGAUCUCGGCACUGUGAAAUCGAAGCUCGAUAAGCGCGUUUAUCGCACGCCGCUUGAGUUCGCGCGAGAUGUUCGCCUGACUUUGGAUAAUGCGAUGUUGUAUAAUUCGAAAGGAGAGGAUGUUUAUAAUAUGGCUGCUGAUUUGCGCGGUGCUUUUGAUAAGUUGUUUGAUUGGGCGUAUGAGAAGUAUAAGGUUGAGCGGGAGGGCGUGAUUGUCGAAAACCGGAGGAUUGAGAGGCCUUGUAGAAAAUUGGUGGUGAAGAAGAGGGAGGUGAAGGUUGAUCCGGAGACGAGGAAAGAAAUUGAGAUUGAGAAGUUAGGGUUGGUGUUGGAAGGCUUGGCUGGGGAGUGUUUGGAUGAGAUUUUGGGGAUUGUGGCAAAGCGGAAUCCUGGAAUGAGGGUGCCUGAUGGAGAGGGGAAAAUUGAGCUUGAUGUUCAUGCUCUUGACAGGGAGACGGUUUGGGAUUUGCAUAGGUUUGCGAUGCUCAAGUCAAAGGCCGGACAGAAGGCACAGAACCAGAACCAGAAGGCUGUAUAAACUCGCCAAAUCAUGAAAGUGUUCAGUACCUUUUUUUUGAUAUGUAGCGGUAUAUUUUUGUUCAACUAAUGUAGUUGAUCUCGUAUAUAUUAGUUAACCCUUGUGUGUAGUUAUUAAAAGGGAUAUAUGACACUUGUAGUCCUGUUAGUAAACUGAGAUCAAGUAAGUCGAGCAGUUCUAGUACUGGAAGAGACUCUACAAGUAGCAAUGAACAUAAUUUCGCGAGA